AUGACCAGGACCCGGACCGAGUGUGUGUGCGUGCACGGCGUGUGCGAUAACCGUCCGGGCAGCGGCGGCGUGUGCCUGCGGGGCUCCUGCCUGGACGGGUUCUCCGGGGAGCUCUGCGACCGGCGGGCGGUGCCCUGCGGCGCCGACGGGCGGCUGCAGCACUGCCACCUGCAGGCCGACUGCAGCACCAGCGGGCUGAGCGCCACCCGGGGGGGUUGCCACGGCAACGCGGAGUGUGUGUUUGUGGGUCCGGGGAACGCGUCCUGCGUGUGCGCGGAGGGCUGGACGGGCGACGGCCGGGCGUGCGCAGAGAUCAACAACUGCCAGCAGGAGAGUCGGGGGGGCUGCAGCCCCAACGCAGACUGCCAGCACCUGGGCCCCGCACAGGCUAAGUGUGAGCUGAGGGAGGGCGGUGUUCACACCUGUACCUGUCCAGACGGUUAUGCGGGGGACGGGACCACCUGCUACGGAUCGCUGCUGGAGAUCCUGGAGUGGACUCCACUGGUGGGAAUAAUGAGCCUUAUAGAGGAUGGAAGUACUCAGAAGUCUGUCUGA